AUGCAAGAGCAAUUGCAAGAACAAUUGGCAAAAAUCCAACAAGAGAUGAAGGAUCAAAUGUUGGAGGCCCAAAGGAAUAUGAUGGCUGAAAUAGCUCAGUUGCUGAAAGGGGCAACGGAUAAAGGAAAGGCCCUUAUGACUAUCACUGAAGAGGAUAACGAGGAUCAUCAUCCUGGUUUUACUCCACCUCAUGUGCAAACUCAACCUGAGGCAUAUCCUCGAAGGCUGUCCAUCAGAAUAAGGCCUCAACAUGGGCAAGUCGAUGCUGGAAUACCCAUGAAUUUUCAAACUAGCUUGGGAUUUAACCCGGGAAAUAACCCUACUAAUCCAAUCAUCCCUGAUUUAGAUGUAGCUGAGAAAGAAGAGAUGAUACUCGAAUCAUCAAGGCAAUUAGAGGAACGUUGUAAAUGGUUAGAGGAGAAAUUUAAGAACAUGGAAAAGAAGCCUAAUGAGAGCUGUAAGCAAUAUGCACAGAGGUGGAGGGAGGCUGCCAUGCAAGUUCAACCACCGCUCUUGGAGAAAGAAACUACUAUGCUAUUCAUUAACACUUUAAAGGCCCCAUUCAUUACUCAUAUGAUUGGAAGUACCACCAAGAGCUUUGCUGAUAUAGUUAUGGCAUGA